AGUAGAAGCAAAGCCCUACUAAGUGAGGAAGUCAUCGGAGAGUGCAGGGCAGGUAGGAAUACAGAAGCACCAAGGUCGUCAGUGGGAGAGGAGUGCAAAACACGAACCAUGGGUGAUGGUCAUGGCGAAGGGGAGGUGCAACUUGUGCCGAUGUUCGGGAGAAAGGGACAAGACAUUUUGCCAGGCGGUUGUAGUUGGUGGCUGUUUAUCAAUUUGCAUCCUUGUGAGCCAUGGCUCAUAUUCACACCUGAUCGGAAAUUACUUCUUCAAGUGUGGAACUAUGAAGAUGGGAAACAAGUGGCCUCCUGGGUAGUCCCUGGCGGUGUGAAUGAUUAUGUUUUUGAAGCAGGAUUCAUCCCGCAGAAAGAUAAUUGGAUUGUGUUGAGGCGCUGGAGAAUAUAUGAAGUGUGUGAAUGUCAAGGCUCAAACUUGCGGUGUCUAACGCAACUGCAAACUAUUGAAAGUUACACAAACAGAAUGGCUGUCCAUCAGAGCCUCCCUUGCCUUUUGGCCGGUUUCGAUCACAACGACUUUUUUCUGUGGCACUGGAGCGGCAAAUGGGAGAAGACAAAGUUUGAAGGGCAUAAGGCAGAUGUAAGUGCAUUGGUGUUUCAUUCGACUGAGGCACAGAUCUUUGCAAGUGCCUCAAAGGAUAACAUCAUCAAAGUGUGGAAUUUGGAGAGAAGGUCUAUUAUUCAAACCCUGAGGGAUAAUGGUCAAGGGCUUCUCUGUCGGAUGGGCUUCUGUCGUGGAGGGGAGAGAUCACUUCUGAUCACUUCCCACUGGGACGACCCGAAUGUACGGGUGUGGGACUACAAGAAGGGCACGUGCAUUGCACGAUGGAAAGCAGACGAUAAAUGCAUCAAGGCGGCCUUCUUCCAUCCGCACUUGCCGUACAUAAUGACUGCAGCAAGGGAUGGACAGAUUAAAGUUUGGAGUGACUCAAGCUACCAGCAAGUGUCCUCCUUUUCCUCUGAAUUGGACGCUCAAAAGCUCGACAUUGUCGGCAACAUGAUCCCAAGUAAACUUUCUAAUAAGUUCAUUCUUGCGGGUCAAGGUGAGUUCCGUGUCAUGGAGGUGGAAAUAGGGGAGGAAGACAAUAACAACGAACAGCAAAAGCAAAAGGAGUCUCCUUGUGCAAAACACGUUCAAGCUUCUUCUUCAUCAAUUAUGUCUGUUGCGGUCAAUGAAGCAACAGCGGUAUCAAGAAAGGCCAUGGAAGAGAUUGAACACACUGUCAAGGCGUUAGUCAAAGACAAUCUCCAGUUUGAAGAGAGAAUUAAGAAAGAGGUAGCGAUAGUAGACGAGAACUGCAAAAAAGUAGUUGCGGGAGUGAUGGCAGAGUAUUGGGCAAAGGAGAGAAUCCAAGCCGAGAGAGUGCAAGAACUGGAGAAAGAGAUGCAAAGAAUGACGGGGACAUUUGGAGAGUCCAAACUGAGGAUUCAGGAGGUGGAGAGACAAGCAGGGAGAGUGCAAUGGAUGGAGGAAGAGAUGCAAACAAUGAGAGGGAUAAUUGAACAGUCCACACUGAGGAUUCAGGAGGCGGAGAGACAAGCGCAAAGGCUCCAGCAGCUGGAGAAAGAGAUGCAAACAAUGGCAGGGAGAUUUGAAAAGUCCGAACUGAGGAUUCAAGAGGUUGAGAGGAGACUGGAUGGUGAGAUCAGUGGGAGGAAGGCAGAAGAAGAAUGCAGAGCUCGUUUAUCUCAAAGGAUCUGCAAGCUAGAGAACAAGUUACGAGAAGAGGUAGCCAAACUUGAAAGGGCGGAGGCCGCAUCUCUAACACUCGCAUCUAAUGUUUGCACUGCCGACCCUCAUCUGUUAAAGGAGUACUCCUUCAAGGAGCUGCAAGAUGCAACUGAUAAUUUUGACGUGAAGCGGAAGUUUGGAGGCGGGGAACAGUUUGAAAAUACUUACCUUGGGACACUACAAGAUGGCAGUCUUGUUACGGUGAGAAAGGUGAGAGAUGCACAUGCAGAGCUGGAGACAGAGCUUGUGGACAGGGUGAGAACACUCCGCCAUCCCCAUCUCCUGACCUUGUUAGGAGUCUGUUACGAAGGGAGGUGUCUCGUCUACGAGCACAUGGAGCGCGGGAGCUUAAAGGACUGGAUCUCACAUCAUGAUGAAGAAAAUGCAGCAAGAGGGUUCCUGCCAUGGUAUGCCCGCUUUCGCGUAAUGGCUGAGGUUGCUCGGGCACUGUGCUUCCUGCACUCAGUUCCAUCUGCAUCGGGUGGUCCCAUCAUACAUCGGGCUAUCAAGCCAGCAAGCAUUUUGUUGUCUGACAGCUUUGUGGCAAAGAUCUGCGGUGUAGACGAGGCGAUUCUUGACACAGAGUCUUCUGGAGAGGUUGGGAGGAGGGGAACUCCGUUGCUUGUAUCCACAGACAACAACUCCCACUACAUUGCGCCAGAUUAUUUGCAUCAACGAGUUCUUAGUGUCACUGAGAAGAUGGACAUCUAUGCAUUUGGCAUCACCAUCCUGGGGAUGCUGACUGGAGAUCUCUCGAACGCAUUUGAAAUUAUCGAAGAUGCAAUUGAGGAUGAUGCAGCUUUCAAGAACGCUCUGGACCCCAAUGCAGGCUGUUGGGAUGUUCACCUGGCUCACGAAGUCGCAAAGUUGGGGUUGCAAUGCGCUAGUUUCAACAGACGCAGACGGCCAAACAUGAUGGAACCAGAUGUAGGCAUUCUGGCAAUACUUGACGGAGUUGCAAGGAAGGUUGACCUUGCACAGUCUGCAGAGGAUGGAUAGACAAAUUCUAGAGUAGUAGUGUGCACUGUUCACGACCCGG